AUGGCCUCCAAGGAAGCAAGUCGUACUUCUCCUAGGUCUCGGCGGGAGCCGGAGGGGCGUACCGCGAGACAGGACAAGUAUUCGGUGCUUUUGCCCACCUACAACGAGCGCGAGAACCUACCGCUCAUCGUGUGGCUGCUGGUGAAGAGCUUCUCCGAGAGUGGCAUCAACUAUGAAAUUAUAAUCAUAGAUGAUGGAAGUCCAGAUGGAACAAGGGAUGUUGCUGAACAGCUGGAGAAGAUCUAUGGGUCAGACAAAAUUCUUCUAAGACCACGGGAGAAAAAGUUGGGACUAGGAACUGCGUAUAUUCAUGGAAUGAAACAUGCCACAGGAAACUACAUAAUUAUUAUGGAUGCUGAUCUCUCACACCAUCCAAAAUUUAUUCCUGAAUUCAUUAGGAAGCAAAAGGAGGGUAAUUUUGACAUUGUCUCUGGAACUCGCUACAAAGGCAAUGGAGGUGUAUAUGGCUGGGAUUUGAAAAGAAAAAUAAUCAGCCGUGGGGCCAAUUUUAUAACUCAGGUUUUGCUGAGACCAGGAGCAUCUGAUUUAACAGGAAGUUUCAGGUUAUACCGGAAGGAAGUUUUACAGAAAUUAAUAGAAAAAUGUGUUUCUAAAGGCUACGUCUUCCAGAUGGAGAUGAUUGUUCGGGCAAGACAGCUGAAUUAUACUAUUGGUGAGGUUCCAAUAUCAUUUGUGGACCGAGUUUAUGGUGAAUCCAAGUUGGGAGGAAAUGAAAUAGUCUCUUUCUUGAAAGGAUUAUUGACACUCUUUGCUACUACAUAAAAGAAGGUUAUUCAUUUACACUUAAUCAUGUUCAUUUCAAUUUAAACAUAAAAGAAGCCUGGUUGCUGAUUUUUCUAAAAUGUACUCUUAGAUCAUAAAUCAUAAGGUAAGGUAGAUUUCAUGCAAAUCUUUUUUCCAGAGAAACUCCUUUUGUCGAAUUAAAUUAGAAAAAUGAGCAAUGUUCUCAGUUUUUAUUUAUAUUUUGCUGUAUUAAGACCUAUAAAUAAAUGUAUAUGGGAUUUUUGCAUAAAAUAUUGCUGCUUUCAUUAGAGUAUGUGAAUGCAGGAUCCUUACAUGGGAAAGAUUUUUGAAAUAUUCUUUAUAAAAACUGGAUUCAUAGCUCUGGAUUCAUACCUAAUGUCAGAAGUAAGAGAAGUGCUAAUUAUAUUCAUUAAAUAUAUAUGACUAUGAACUGAAAAAGAAAUACACACCCCUGCCCGUUUUUUAAAAAGUGUUUCUAAAAUUUCUUAAACCAGAUAAUACAUUUAGAGCACAGUUUUAGAGUUUGGUUUUUUUGCAACUGUUGAGUUGGUGAAGCAUUUCAUCUGUCAGGGCAAGUGUAUAUAAAAUACAUAUUGUGAAUUGGCAACAACUUAACAGCAGUUGAUUGCAUAGCUGUUUUUUUCUCUUCUGAGCAGUAACAACUUUCAGUAAGAAAAAUACUGAUGACAUUAAGGCAUAAAGUUAGCUGCGUGGUAAUUUUUAAACAUCUUAACUAUAUAAAGGUUUUUUUUGCUUCAAAAUAAUUUGUUUUCAUAUUAUUUCAGGAAAGCAUACAUCUUUACUAAUAUGACAAAAAUCCCUGCCUUAUAGCUCUUCUGUUUGUUCAGAAAACUCUUCUGCCAGUUAAAAUGCAGGUUAUGUUGUUCAAUAAAGCCAGCACAAAUACUGUUUACCUACCUUCUCUAAGUAGGUAUUUCAAAAAAGAUCAGUUUCUAACUAUAGCAUAGCUUUUAGAUCAUGCGUAUCUUUUAUUUUUGAGUAAGAUACACUUUGAGCAAAUAAGCUGACUAUCAAGUUGACUUUCCUUUGUAAGUAAAAGGAAGAGGCAUCUCUAAGUUACUUAGUGAACAGUGUUACUAGUACUACAUUUUCCUGGCUUAAUUUGACUGCUAAAGAAAUGUAAAGUCUGAUAUUUCCAUUUGCAUUUCUAACAGAUUCUACCAAAAAUGAACACCAGAGUAUAAAACCUUUGGUGUCAUUUUGACCAUUGCCUAGUCUCAUAGUUGAAUCCAAAGGACACAUCACAGUAAGGACCUCUGUUCUGUUUCAUGCAGAGCUAUACAGCUGACCCAGCACAGACCACCUUCCUGAGGGAAGUGACUUCUCUCAUCAAGAACCAGAAAAUUCAUCGCCACUGAUGUAAAAUUAGUUUUAAGCUAACGUAAUAGAAAUACAAUACUUUUUUUGAGUGUUUAGAUUCUAUUAUUUUUCAUCUAAAUCCAAAGUUUAAUUUUCAUUAACUCUGUGGAGCAGAGAUAAGUACCUCAAAGAAUCAUGUGUGAAGUAUUGCUUUCUCAGACCUCACUACUUUUUGUUGCUUUUUAAAUCUUUUUUUGUUCUUAUUUCCACAAUCAUUACAACACUAUCACUAUUAGCAUUUACUGUAAAAUACUUGAGCAAUGAAAACUUUCACCAUUUGGAAGUUAUUUGGAAAUGAAUCUGGACAAUUUAGAUGCAUUUUUUUAGUAAAUGUGGUGACUUAAACACUGUAAAUUUUUAAAAAAUAUUUACAUGUGAAUCCAGCAUCCCUUUUUACUUUGUAAAUGGGCCAAGGAUGAAAUCCAGAUGUUUCCCCUUGGUAUUUGUAUUAUCAUUGUAUGAAAUCUAAGCUAUCUGAGGAAAACUAAACUUAAGAUAAAAUUAUUUUGCUUAUUUCGUA